UCUCAUCCGAAUAAAAGAGCUAGAAUCCAUUUUUGUUUGGCGUAAAAAUAUCCAUCGUUUUAUUUUAAACAAUAAAUAAAAGUAUAACCCGAUGAUGAAGAGGAAUUAAGUGGUGUUUGAUAUCGCAGAAGACUUAAACACGUCACCACAUGUGAGCUGGGUCAGUGUUUACUCUCCUGUGUGAAGGCGAGGACGCUGAUCAUGGGGGACUGCUUACACACUUCGGCUGACGGCUUAUCUAAACUGGUGAAAUGGGCGCACAGUCACGGAACGAUCUGCACACUGAUCCCAAGCUUGAAGCACUUGCUGACAGAGGGAACUCACGGAAACCUGACCGCACUGUGGGGCUGCGGCGCCGGCCACGCCUACCACUGGCCUUUAACGUCCUCCUGUAAAACUGCCCACAAGGAUCGUAUGUGUUACGAGCGAAGCAGCCGAGGGAUCAGUUCCGAAUCUCUGAUGCAGGGAGCAGCGGCCAUGCAGAGCAGCUCAGCACCGAGGUUCUUGAGCAGCGCAGCCAAAACAAGCAAGGGUGACUCGAACCAGACCCGAGACUCGUACGACUUCUCUAACUGCAGCGAGCCGUCCGAGGUGGACGACAAUGCCGAGGAGCACCUGUUCGACAUCGUGUGUGAGUCCUCAGCCACUGACGAAGAGGGCGAUUCCGAGCCCAGGGUCACGCCCAGAAAAAGAAGUACCAAGGGGCCGAGCUCAGGCGACUCUGCUGAUCUGGGAGCGAAGAAAAUCAAGCAAGAGCGAGCUGAAGACUAUUACACGGUGGCUAAUGCACAAGCACAAGCUGCUUCAGAGGGAGCACCAUCAUGUAGCAUCUCCCAGUCACCCAAACCCACCUCUCAGAUUAGACCUGCAUCCAGAUCUUCAGCACCACACAAUCCACAGCUCCUGGAGGAUGGAGAGCUGGUGGGCAUGUCCUCCUCACCGCCAGAGAACUCCUCUUCAUCUAUGACCAAACAUGUACACACACCAAUCAGUGGCUCACAAAACAGAACACACGUGAACUCGCACGUCAAUGUGGCGGCCAAUCAGAGCACUCCGUCUCUGAGCCAACCAGGAAGGAGCGACAUGGUGGAAGUGCUUCCUAACGGGGAUUUCAGUCUGCCCUUUGAGGAUCCCUCGGGUGUGGUGCACCCCGAAAUGGACAUUUUAGCAGCACGGAGUCUCAGCACAGAGCCCAAAGGGGACACAGGAUGUCUGAACUCGGAGGAACCGUUCUGGCCGUCCACAUCCGAGCUCUGUCCAAACGCCGAGAGUCAUUCUGAAGAGAGAAAGCAGCUGGAGGAGUACAUCACCAGCGUGGAUCCGGGAACAUUACGGAACCUCCAGGCCGUCAUCUCACGGGUUCUGAAGUUCCACGAGCAGACCCGUGUGCAGGUUCACAGCCCUCCUCGUCCUGGAGAACAAGAACUGUUCCCUGGAUCCGGACUCUUCCUCCCGCCGUAUAAACUGGCCUGUAUUCACCAGGAGUCCCGUCAGGACAGCAUGCGGCUCUUCCACCUGCUCUUCGAGCACUUCUUCACCGAGGAGGACCUCAUCGGAGCCGUGGCCUUCGGGAAAAGGGGCAAAGUGCCGGACGGUAAAAAAAUCCUGGACAGAAGAAAAGUUGAUGGUAUUAUCUCGUACGUUCUGCGGUGUUCCACGCUGGAUGGCUGGACGCCAGUGGAAUCGGCAAAACUGAAGAAAGCAUGCAUCAACAAGUGCAGACUGAGAAUCGGCCAGAGGAAGAAGCUCGCGCAGGGGCCGUAUCUGUUCCAUAAGUCGGGUCCAUCGUAUAUCUGAGUUCCGGCUCUGCGGCGUGGUGUUAUUGUCAUCGCUCAGAUAUGUACCGGAGGGAAAGGUUUUAGGUUUUAAAAACAUUGUUUAUAAAAAUACCUUAAAUCCGCUUCAUCGUGUGUGUGUAUCAUAUUAGUGCUGCGUGUAGCUGAGUGAAACACACCUGGCAGUAUAAUCAUCAUCACAAUCUCCGGAGUUUCCUCUGGAGAACAGCUUGACACUUGUUUCCAGAUGUUUGGGAAAAUUCAGAAAAUGUUAUGAGGUGAAAGUGUUCGUCACGCUGCUGUUAUAAAAACAAAAUGAAACCAAGACUCGAGAUGAGAUCUGUUGUCUUUUCACAUUUUGAUAUUAACUUCACUAAAGCUGCUCUCACACGCGCUGGUUGAAAUUUUUCCCGUGUAUUGUUUGUGUUGAUCGUCUCCCAUGGCCCUCCUCCCCAUCCUGGCUGAUAUCGGCUCUCUGACUCGCUCAGCUCUGGGGAUGAGGAGGCUGUUCGUCUUUACUGCAGCUUCAGAGGCACAAAAUCACACCGCAGAUAAACUGGGACUUUAACGGGGUCCCUGAGACACGCGCUGGGGUUUUCAGGCUGUCUGUCCAUCUGAGAUUCUCCUUAUAGCUCAGGAUCUCUCCAUACCAGAUGGGUUAAUGUUUGCAGGAUUUAAUGAUCUUUAUAACCAGCAGAGGAACUGAUUAGAUUUUGGAUUUGAUCCAGCUGGACAGGUCAAAGGUCAAAUGUCUGAAAUAGGUUUUGUCUAGUAGCUCCUUCCUGUUUGAAGUGUACUUUAAUAGUAUUUAGUCUGCCCAAGAAGAACCAGAUGAGUGUGUGGUGAGGGUACUGUAUUCCCCUCCACACCACACCAUGCCACAGAACCGAGUUCUACUUCAGCGGUGAAAUAUUUUCCAUUCGGCAUGUCAAAGUAAAUCUGUUCAUAUUCACUCGCGAAUGAGAUUCAGUUUUCUCCAGCACUUAGUUUCAUUUUCUCACCAUGACCUGGUCAGUCAAGAGAUUAAAAAAAAAAUAUUUAUUUUUUUUAAAUCCUUUAUUUUCUUCCUAACUUGGGCUUGGCCACUACACAGGGAGGGUGAAGGUGCCCCCUAACAUGAGACACAUGAAUCGCAUCUUUUCGAAGUGCUGCUCUGCUGCGUCCCACUCUGAGGAGAGUGCCGUCUGCCCUCUUCCACAUGCAUUAGUUCACAGUCAGUCAUUUGUCCUGUGCACAGAAGAACAAGUUUCCCGCACAAUGAAAUUGGUUUUACUCCCCUCAUCAAGUGCCAUGUUUAACUAAAAAAAAAAAAAUCAAACAGGACCAAGUAAAUAAAUAUAGUACAGUAUAUUCAUAUAGCAGGUUAAAAAGAAAGAGUAUCAAAUAUUUACAGUCCAGAGGGGAAGCAGGUUUAAAAUAAAUCACUGAUGGCAUGUAUGUAUAGAGGUGCGUUUAUACAGUACAUCCAGAUCUAUACCCAUGAUUGGCUCAUGUCCCUGUGAUUGAUGGGAGAGAGUAUAGACCCCUCCUACUCAGAUUGUUGUGGCACCAUCAGAGUCUGAGCUCCUGACUUCAGGAUGAUGAGUCUGGAAGCACCACAGUGAGUGAAAACACACCAACAUCAGCACUUUUCAAAUCGGCUCCAUUUCUGUCGGAUAACAUCUGAGACGUGUGGCUGCAACACACACGGAGCAGUUGAAUGACAUUUCAGUAAAAUCCCUUUUGAAAGUGGGCGUGUUGUUACACGAAAACUAAGAAAAUAUUAUUUAACAUGAACUUUUAAGAGUGUGAGCGUUUGAGUCGUUUAUCGCCAGUAUAGAGAUGAUAAACUGUUACUUUUUUUAUAGUUUCUUUGUGAACCUUGUAGCAUAUUUCAUCAUAUUUUAUUAUCUAUCAUAAACUUCAGAACAGUGAUGAUGGUUUAAUGAGUUCAGAUUUCUGCUCUAAUCGAUGAAUAGUGUGCACAUUUUUCUGAUGUCUUUUUUUUUGCACAAAUCUUUAUUCAGAUAGAUUUUGGUUUUGUAGCACUGUACAGAUUUGAUGAAACUUUUGCAUUUUUUUCCCCUUUAAUGAUCUUAUUCAUGUUAUUGUUUAUAAUAUAAAACAGUGGCUGAGCUUCAACAUCUGUGUAAGUUUCCCUGUGUGUGUUGUGUCGCCACAUCAGAGAAUAAACACUUUUUUAAUUA